AAAGAGGCAAAGACAGUGCUUUACUGUUUUGUUUUUUUCUUUUCACUUUAAAAAGUUACUUGUCCAUAAAAUAUACAAAAUUAAUUUCUAAUUCUAACAUCAUUGAGUGCAGCUCAGAUCUAAUCAGAUCCCACCAACAAUGCUCAAAGCCAACAUUCUCACCGGCCUUUUCCUCCUCUUCACUCUCUCCUCCGCGCAAACCCCUCCGGCACCAGAACCAGUGGCCGCAGAUGGACCUUCUUCUCCGACGAACUGUCUAGUGAGUAUGCUAAACGUAUCAGACUGUCUCUCGUACGUUCAGGUAGGGAGUACUGAGACUAAGCCAGAAGCUGCCUGUUGCCCUGAGCUUGCUGGGAUGGCUCAAAGCUCGCCGGAGUGCGUCUGCAAUCUUCUCGGCGGCGGCGCAUCGCCGCGUUUCGGAGUAAAGCUUGAUAAGCAGAGAGCUGAGGAACUUUCUUCACUUUGCGGUGUGAAAGCUCCAUCGCCUAGUCUGUGUUCAGUUCUGGGUUUUCCGACCAUCUCUCCAGCCGGAAGUGAAGAUUCAUCAUCUGCAGGUUCUGAAGGAUCUGAAAAAGAUAAGAAAAACGGAGGCAUGCCCACUAAAGAUUAUGGAUUAGCUUUCAAAUCUCUUGUGUUGGCCUUGUUCACGAUUUUUUCUUUAUACUGAUUAUUACAAAGUGAUGCAGCAUAUAUUUAAAUCGUUAUCGUUUGUAUCUUCUCCCUUUGUGAUUCGUUGUAACUUGUAAGAAUCUUAUUAUGUGUGGUUCUUAUAGAACUUGAAUUCUAUUUU